AUGGCUGCUAUCACGCGAGCUGUAGGCCAAUCAGGCCGCCGGUAUUUCAUUGAAAAACUUCUACAAGAGAAACCAGGGCCGCUUGGACAGAUAUACCUUGUUUCCGUAACAAACAAUGACUCCAAACACUUCCAAGACAUGUUCAAUGACCCCAAAAGCUCGCCCUACGUCUGCGUAGCAGAAGAUGCGAUUCGAGAUCACUCCAUGUUCGCCUACGAGUACUUCAAGGGCUAUCUGCUUUCUUUCGCUCAGAAAAAUGCCCCGCUUCCUCUUAUGAAACGGGUGUUGAGAGACUCCCUGCGAGACAUUGUGCAUACGGAUAUCAAGCCAAAUAAUAUCGUGGGGGAUUGGGACGAGGCGGACGGUAAUACGACUAUUCAGCAGGUCCAGAUUGCCGACAUCGAAGACGCAGCCUAUGUCCCGGGCGAUUCUGCCAUCGUGGGAAGACAUGUUGGGAAUUGGAUGUGGCAAAGUCCCAAAGCGCAUGUUUCUGCUCAGGUUUACAAGUCAUCUGCCAUCUUUUCCUUUGGGGUUGUCUGCAUCUACGCCGUACUCAAACGGGUCAUUUUCGCCGUUGGGGACGAAGAACUUAAGGAGGGUGAGGAUAAGCUAGCUAUCAUUCUUGAACGCCAAUUAUCUUACUUCUCUGAUUUAGAGGGUCUGAUCGGUCUGCUCCAGUAUCUGGGAGACAGUCCUUGGCCCCAAAUAUUUGCUGUAACUGCAGAGGGCUUCAACAAAGAGGAUCCUCGUAAGCCGUUCGUGCUGUGGAGAGGCGUUGAGCCGGAAUUCUAG